AUCAAAAGAGAUAAAGGUUAUGAUUGGCCAGGUUAGGGUCGGAUGGUAGUCGGGUCGAUGAAUCCUCGGUAUGAUUAGGUAGGAACGGAAAUCAAAAUUACAAAAUACGACUUUUCUCGGACGAUCUCCGUUUAGACGCCACGACCCAAAGUGCGCCGACAAAAUUUUGCCGGAAAUACCAAAAAUACUCUCUCUUGAUUUUAUAUUCUGCAGCGGUUGAUGGACGUGGGUCCACAGCCCAUGGAGAUCGCCGAGCAGGUGGAGCCUGAUACGAGCUCCACCCAGUCGACCUCCCAGGAAGGUCCCCCGGUCACCAAGAAGCCUAGAAAGAAGAAGUCCCAGACGGUAGAUCACGAACUCAAGAUGUUCUGCAAGCGUAGCGUCUACCUAACAGGCUCCAGGAUCGGCAUACCUUCCCUCAGCGAGGAAGUAUGCGAUCUCAUAUCCAACGAGUUGUUCUGCAAGACGAGGGAGCUUAUGUUCGUUGCAAAGAUUAUACUUCAUCAGAACAAAAGGGACAUGUUAACUACACAUGAUGUCGACAAGGCGAUAAAACUUUUAGGCGGUGUUCAACUCUAUGGGCAUCAUAAUGCAGGAGAGACAUCAUACACAUUAGACACUAAAAAGAACGUCUUUGUAGAAAAUGAUGAGGAAAUUGAUGUUUAUGAGGAAUCCCUACAACAGUUUAGAGCCUUUCAUAGAGGAGAGCCUUAUAUCCAGGGUGCUUGGGUCAUGCCUGAGGAGAGCACGGACAAUGGGAACAACGCAGGCCAUGAAGAAAGCUCUUACUAUGUACAAAUAUGCAAAACCCUUAUGCUUGGUAGUUUAGCGCAUAAAAGGGUUGCACUUCUGGACCUGAAGUCAAACCCUAAAAUCGGCCCGUAUUGUCCAUAUUUUCUCAAUCUCGUAGCGCUCACCGUUAAAAAAGGACCACAACACGGCCUGAUAACAACGACUAUGAUAGACACCGUCAGCUGCAUUGCUGAAAACCGAUUUGUUGAUCCAAGUCCAUUUUUGGCUGUGAACAGAGCUGUGAAUUCUUUACUUAAAAUAGUUAUUGAGAAAAAUAUUGAAAGCAGUAAUUGUGAUGAUUUGGGUAUCAGGUUGAGGGCAGGACUUCUAUUAUCUAAGGUUAUGAUUCUUUGGAGCAUUGAGCUGAAACAACAGAUGGACAUUGUGAGACACCUCCUUCAACACUUGCUGGACAACACUGCCCCAUUUCAAACGCAAUACGGUGUAAUUGUCACAUUGACUGCGUUGAGGCAGAGAACGCUGGAUUUCUAUUAUUGGCCAGUGAUUGAACGCUACCUUCCACAGUUGGAAAUAAAAUCCAGUGCAAAACGAGGGGAUUCGUUAAUGGUCUACUCACAGUACAUAAUGGGAGUAAUUCUUAUAUCAUUGAGUAAUGCAUUCAGGAAGUUAUUCGCGAAUUCAGGAGACUACAUUAUGCAGAACAGGGAUGAAAAGUUAGAACCAAGGAUACAGGUUGAUGAAAGUGUGAAUUCUUCUUAUCGUAAGAACAGCACAAAUACAGAACAGUUCAAUACACUGCUGGCAAUGGACAAGCGACUGUACACGAUUUUCGGAGACAGCGUUACACCACUACGAAUGCUCCGGCACACCAACAUUCCACCUACGUACCUUCUCAAGCCGAAGAAACGCCCGCCCCUCUGGAGGUUGAGAUUUGGCAAGCCUAUAGAAAACAAAACUGUCAAGAAGUACAACGUGAUGGAAAUAUUUGAUAUAAAACCAAAAUCAUCUUCUGACCAACCAUUGGCACAAAGAAGCAACCGUACCAUGUUCAAAAUAAAGAGAAAGUUGCCAACAGCCAUUUACUACUCAGUCCCUUUAGAACAAAAACGUUACCAUUGGUUCAUUCAGAGGAAAACAAAAUCUUUACAACUCUAUAGGACUUGUUGUUCAGGGAAUCUACUAGCCAAUUUGUAAAUAAGAACUUUUAUUUUAUUUUUUGUAAUAUGUGAAUGUUUUGUGCAUAAUGUACAGUUUUUAAUGUAAUUUAGAUUGUUUUAUAUUAAAUGCUUAAUUUUAUUACACUAUUGUGUGAAAGUUAAUUUAUAGACUUCCUCAGAUGAUGUUAACUCCAAAGAAGUACAAUAUAAGAUGUAAUACAAAAUGUGAAGUACAAUGUAAAUAGCAACUCAGAACACAAUUCACUCAAUUCUUGUUGAGUUGAGAUUAAACAGUUUUGUUUUUA